GGCACUGGCAUGCAUGCAUAUUCACUAGUCUCUCUUUGGGAAGGAAACAACCACAUGCAGAAAUGAAAGGAUUCACUGGGAAUAAGUGAGAGUGAGGCUGAGAUCGCUGAGUUCGUUCAAAAGGAGGAGCAGGGAAGCUUCAUGCGCUUUGCUAGUGGGGUACGAUGUCCCUGCAGCCUGCCUGGUGCUGCUAGCCCCCAUCAGCCAGAGACGGAGUCAGAACUGAUUGUAAUAGGAAAAGGGCUGUCGAAAAGACUUGUGGACCAUCAUUUUCAAGCAAAAAAUGAAUAUCGCCUUCCAGCGCCUUUUACAAAAAGUGUACAAGAAGCAAUUGACAACUAUUCCUUGGCUUCUGUUUCCUCACUUUCACCAAGUGGACAAACAACCCCCACAGAUUUGAAUAACUCUUGGUCAGGGAUACAGAGCUAUACCACUGGCCCAUCUACUGAAAGAAGUUCUGUUUACUCCUGGGGCGAUGAUGAGUUUGAUAAAGCGAAUACCCAGAGGGUGCAUCAGUUGUUUUGGGAUGUGGAUGAAAUGCUGUUUGAAGGAAAAGCGAGCUCCCAAACUGAAAAUCUAAAGACAGAAUGCAAAGACUGGACAAAUAGAUCACUUCAUUUAAGGAUUUUGGGAAAACAGCUUCUUUUUCCAAAAGAUGAGGGUUUUCAGCAUUACCAGAGCAGAAGUUCUAGUUCUAUGUAUUCGAAAUCUGUACCUAGUUUGAGUGAAAUCAACACCAGUAUGAAAGAGUUAUGCAUCUCAGGAUCAAAACUGGUACCUGCAGCUUUUCCAGUACACAAAGCAUUCCAUCCCGAAUUAUCAGAUAUUUCUGUAUCUGAAUCACCUGGAUAUUCAUUCUUGGAGGAAGAAAUUUAUGAUGCAGAAGGAAAAAUGGAAGAAUAUCUUGCAUUUGACAAGAAGGAACUUGAUGAUGAAGGUUUAGAGCAAAGGAAUGCUCAACUUUCCCAAAAACAGAUUAAAUAUGGCAUUCCUCCUGUUUCUCCCAACUCCUGCAUCAAAGAAGCUGUGAUUGCUGAAGUAUUUGAUCAAAUCUGGAAAAAUAUAAUUAAAAUACUGGAAGAAUUAAUAAGAAAAUACUGGGAAUCAUCUAUUACAAAAAAUGACAAGCAUACAGAGAAAUCAAAAAUUACUGGAAAUAAGUUGUCAUAUAUUCCGCCUUCCCGUGUGAUGUUAGAUAUAGCAAGUAUUCCUCCAUCCAGAGGGUCAGAGGUUCGAUCCAUGUCUUUUGGUCUGCAUUUUGGACAAUCCCAGGCCCACCGUUUCUCCAGCAGUUCACAUGGCAAUUUAAAUGGUGUCAUGACAAUUCAAGCUAAACCACUACAACAGAGACAUUCAAGCUUCAUUGAAAAGUAUGAACAAGAAGACAAGCUCCAAGGUGUGGGUUCCAGUAUUAAUUCAUCAAAGAAUCGAGUGGGGCGAAUGACUGAUAGCAAUAUCUCAGCAUUACCUCGAGUGUUGCCUGGAUCGUCUAAGAAAAUAGUAGGCCAUCGUAGGUUACCAUCAUUAGCACAAGACCAACUACGUUUAAAGACUCCCAAUGUUUACAGUGAUGAGGUCCUGCGAGGAACAAAAUUAUGCACUACCUUAGAUCGUUUGCCAUCUCCAUUUACACCUGUUGUCCGGAACAAGUUGCCACCCAUAAAUUCAGACACCAUUGAUCAAUACCUUUCAGUCCCUGGACUACGCUUAAGUUUUGUAAGACAUCUACAUUCUUUGUGCCAUGAAUGAUUGAAUACUUGUUUUCAUAUUUCUCUAUCUCUAUAGAAUCUAGGGCAGUGAUAGCUAACCUUUUCGGCACCGGGUGCCCAAAGCGCACAUAUGCACACAUCCCCAAAAUGCAACGUGCGUGCGUCCCCCGUGCAUACAUGCCACCCCCAUGCAUGCAUGCAUAUUUCCUGCAUA